AUGACGAUGCUCCUGGACGGAGGCCCGCAGUUCCCCGGGCUGGGAGUGGGCAGCUUCGGCGCGCCGCGCCACCACGAGAUGCCCAACCGCGAGCCGGCGGGCAUGGGGCUGAAUCCCUUCGGGGACUCGCCCCACGCCGCCGCCGCCGCCGCCGCCGCCGCCUUCAAGCUGAGCCCCGCCGCGGCUCACGAUCUGUCUUCGGGCCAGAGCUCCGCGUUCACGCCGCAGGGCUCGGGUUACGCCAACGCCCUGGGCCAUCACCACCACCACCAUCACCACCAUCACCACGCCGGCCAGGUGCCCAGCUACGGCGGUGCAGCCUCCGCCGCCUUCAACUCCACGCGCGACUUUCUGUUCCGCCAGCGCGGCUCCGGGCUCGGCGAGGCGGCCUCGGGUGGCGGGCAGCACGGGCUCUUCGCCGGCUCGGCGAGCAGCCUGCACGCUCCAGCUGGCAUCCCCGAGCCUCCUGGGUACCUGCUCUUCCCCGGGCUGCAUGAGCAGGGCGCCGGGCACCCGUCGCCCACAGGGCACGUGGACAACAACCAGGUCCACCUGGGGCUGCGCGGGGAGCUGUUCGGCCGCGCCGACCCGUACCGCCCGGUGGCCAGUCCGCGCACGGACCCCUACACGGCCGGCGCGCAGUUCCCUAACUACAGCCCCAUGAACAUGAACAUGGGCGUGAACGUGGCGGCCCACCACGGGCCCGGCGCCUUCUUCCGUUAUAUGCGGCAGCCCAUCAAGCAGGAGCUGUCGUGCAAGUGGAUCGACGAGGCUCAGCUGAGCCGGCCCAAGAAGAGCUGCGACCGGACCUUCAGCACCAUGCACGAGCUGGUGACACAUGUCACCAUGGAGCAUGUGGGGGGCCCGGAGCAGAACAACCACGUCUGCUACUGGGAGGAGUGCCCACGCGAGGGCAAGUCCUUCAAGGCGAAGUACAAACUGGUCAACCACAUUCGAGUGCACACGGGCGAGAAGCCCUUCCCGUGCCCCUUCCCGGGCUGCGGGAAGAUCUUUGCCCGCUCCGAGAACCUCAAGAUCCACAAGAGGACCCACACAGGUGAGAAACCUUUCAAAUGUGAAUUUGAAGGCUGUGACAGACGCUUUGCCAACAGCAGCGACCGCAAGAAGCACAUGCAUGUGCACACCUCGGACAAGCCCUAUAUCUGCAAAGUGUGCGACAAGUCCUACACGCACCCGAGCUCUCUGCGCAAGCACAUGAAGGUUCAUGAAUCUCAAGGGUCAGAUUCCUCCCCUGCUGCCAGUUCAGGCUAUGAAUCUUCCACUCCACCCGCUAUAGCUUCUGCAAACAGUAAAGAUACCACUAAAACCCCUUCUGCAGUUCAAACUAGCACCAGCCACAACCCUGGACUUCCUCCCAAUUUUAACGAAUGGUACGUCUGAGGACAAACACAAACCCUGUUAACCAUAGAAUGGACCAAAUGCAUUUUAAAAAGAAAACUGAGACCAAUCAGACGGAAAUGGAGUUUUAAGGCGAGAGGCCACAUAUAGGGUUACAUCUUGUCAAUUGCAAUUGUCCAGGAAGGUUUUGGGGGCAAGAUCCAAAAGUAGUCAUGCCCUAUUCUCAGGAGUAGAAAAUACGUUUUGGCGUUUGAAGGAUUUUUCAAAACAAAUCUCCUCACUGCUUUUUCCUCCCUUUUCUCUUGCUCUCUGCACACCCCAUUCCUAAGCUCCUUCAGUGCAUUUUAACACUUGUCCUGUUUCUUGAGAGGAAGUUAUAGAAGGCUUGGUGGUGGUGGUGAUGUUAAACGAUGGAAAUUCUUCGCCUUAGUGGUGAUUGUUUAAACUCUCACAGUCUUAAACCGUGCCAAAGUCCUGUUAUGUCUUGAACUUUUCCUCAAAGCAUUACACUUGUGAAUGUAUUUUUGUCUAAUGGGGUCGAAACUGUUGUUCGGUAUUUUUUCAGGCUGAGGAUGUGAUGUUACU